GAUCGCAAUUACUUAGCACUUCAAGGUCGACCCCGACGACUCCUUCGCUGUCCAACGACUUAAGCCACCCGCCCAAUUCCCUCCGCUACCAUGUCGGCAAAAUACGCUUUCACAAAAUCCCUCCGCGAGGUGCGAUUCCUCUUUUGCCAGACUUCGGAGCAGAGCGCGGCCCUCCGAUCAUUCAUUACUCGAUCGUAUCCUACCAUGAAGCGCAACAACCCCAACAUUCCCAUCCUCAUUCGCGAAGCCGCCGGCACUCAGCCCAAGAUCUUCGCCCGAUACGAGCGAGGUGUUGAGAAGUCACAGAUCCUCGAGGGUCUUUCCGACAAAGAGAUUGAAGACACUGUCACUAGCUUGGUUCAGCCUGCUCAAUAGAUGAUUAUUGAUUGAUAUUUGCGAAAGAGAACUGAAAUGGGGGGGGCUUGAAGUCUGGCUCCGCGACGAUGAAAUGUACAUAAAGAUCAAAAUCAGCAUGCGACAAAAGAGUAUUGCGCCACUAUAAAA